CUGUCUAACAUUAAACCGCCUCACAGGAGCUGUGCAGAGUUCAGUGAUCAGUAUCAGUUUAUCAUGUAACCAGCUGAGAGGCUGCAGUGAAGCCGGGAGAGCAAUACAACUUUUCCUGGAAAGGGUCGUUUCUGCGCUUGCACGCUGACUCUGGACUAUAUUCUCUGAGUGUGCAUAGUUUUGUGUUCGGGAUGUUUGUGUGGAGGCAGAGGAAGCUGCAGACUCAUCUGCUGUCUGCGCUCAGAAACACACGGACGCCAUUGAGGCUCAAGCUGCAGACCCGCGCCUGUGCAGCGACCCCUGCAGCUCCUCACUUGCACAGCAACCACCUCGUGGUCAGCUAUGAGGGCACCCAGAUGCGUCUGAACUUCGUGUGGCUGCGGGACCACUGCCGCUCCGCCUCGUCCUACAACUCCAAAACCAACCAGAGGAACCUGGACACCGGCAGCAUAGAGCUCAACAUCCGCCCUGACACUGCAGCAGUGGAGGGUGGUCGCCUCGUCCUCACGUGGCCUGAUGGCCACGUGUCCAAGUACAGCCUGAGCUGGUUAGCUCAGAACAGCUAUGAGAGGAAGAAGAACAGCACUGUCCAGCCACGCUUCCUUUGGAACUCAGACAUGUACAAAAACGAAAACGUACCAUCAGCCAAAUGGGAGAGGUUUAUGAGCUGUGAUGACGAAGUGAAGAAGUUUCUUCAGAACUAUCUUCUGUACGGCAUCGCUUUUGUAGAUGAUGUCCCAGCUACAGUGGAGGCCACGGAGGCUGUUUCCCAGAGGGUCAGCCUCAUCAGAGAGACCACGUAUGGAAGAAUGUGGUGCUUUACUUCAGACCAUUCCAGAGGGGACAGCGCCUACAGCCAGCUGGCCCUGGAUCGCCACACUGACACCUCCUACUUUCAGGAGCCAUGUGGAAUACAGGUUUUCCACUGCCUGAAGCACGAGGGCACUGGGGGAAGGACACUACUUGUAGAUGGGUUCUACGCUGCGGAGAAGUUACGGCAGCGGUCGCCUGAAAACUUUGAGCUGCUUUCCCGUGUGCCUAUCAAACACGAGUACAUUGAAAACACUGACAACCACCAAAACCACAUGAACGGAGUCGGGCCUGUGCUAAACGUCUAUCCUUGGAACGAUGAAGUUUACCUGAUCAGAUACAACAACUAUGACCGAUCAGUGAUUAACACAGUCCCCCAUGACGUUGUCCAGAGAUGGUAUGAAGCACAUCGAGAGUUGACAACAGAACUGAGGCGACCAGAGAACGAGCUGUGGGUGAAACUGACUCCAGGAAAAGUGAUUUUCAUAGACAACUGGCGAGUCAUGCAUGGGAGGGAGUCAUUCACUGGCUUGAGGCAGCUGUGUGGAUGUUAUCUGACCAGAGAUGACGUCCUCAGUGCAGCACGUGGCUUUGACCUGCAGGCCUGAUCCUGGACUUCACUUCACUUCUGUGCCUUGUUGUUUAGCUUUUUUAAUAUAAGAUUACUCAGGUCUGCACUUCAGAAAAUUUAAAACAGUCUAAGUCUUUCACAUGGAGCAAGUUUAUGUACAUUUUUUGCAGGAAUUGGGUAUGAUCAAGGAUCCAGUAAUCGUUUUUCACUUUCUUCAACAUUUUCGUUGAUUUCUCAGAGAAUACUUUGUUUAUCCCGAAUGAAUAAAACCUGGCGUAUUUAGGGGACUGACAUUUAUGGGAGUGAAAAUGAAUGCAGAUCCAAAUAAAAAGCCAGAUCUAGUGGAUUUAAAUGUUUCAUAAGGAGAUUGUUGGGCAUUGAUGGAGGUUUGCACUGUACUAAGUUGUCUCAUAUUUUUCAGUCACCUAAUCAUCCUCUAAUUUCCACAACACUGGUGUGAUAUGAUAUUAUCAAUAAAGACCCUGUU